UUUCCCCGAAACAAAAAACAAACAAACAAAGAACUGUUUUUCAAUAUUUGUUACUUUGUGUACAUAUUACUUGUUAAACAGUCAAGUGAGUAAUUGUGUUGGAAUAAGUUGUAACGGUAUGACGUAAGAUGGAUAUUCCUUGGCAAAAUUCACUAGCUAUAUGGUUACCGUUUCCCGUUGUCGCAACGGUUGUUCUGGUCCUUUCUAUCUCCUACUAUGUGUAUCACCUUAGCAGUGCCAGAUGUUCGAUAGUGUGUGGAGUGGCUUUUGCCCUCCUAACUACUAUACCCAUCCUGCUUGUAGUUCUGAUCUUAACUGACAUAUUUUUCGUAUCCUCCACCAAAUCAAACAUGGGCAUUAAACAGGCAUGGGCUACAAAUCAAUCUAUUGCAAAAAUGGAAGAGAUGCUACUGUUUACUUAUUAUGGUGUUUAUGGCUUGUUGCUGUUGUUGUUGGUCAUCAUUUUCCCAAUAACUUAUUUUUCAUACCAAGCUAUUAGGACAGCUGAAUCUUCUAGAUGGAAUAUUUUUCGGGGUCUUAUGUGUUCGUUGUUUCCUAUGGUGGUACUGGUGGCUAUUAUCAUUGUCAGCAUAGCAUAUUCAAUGGGAAAUAUUCCAGCAAGCGACACAAAUACAUACAAACAAUUGAACUUGAUCGGACAACUGGAUUUACCAUAUCGCAAAAUUGAAAAUGGUUUGAUUUCUGCAAUAAAUUGUGUUUUAUUGAUCGGGAUGAUUCACUGCAUAAUAUACACUGCAUUUGGAAUGACAAUCCUGCCUGUUAAUUUAGUUAAAGGGCGUCCUAAUGAUGAUAGAGAGCAACAAGGCAUAGAGGAAUCUCUUGCACAAAUAAAUCAACAGAUCGAAGAUAUUUCAGAUCAAGCGCAUCAAGAAAACAGAAAUGUCAGCGAAAACGACGAGCAAAGAAUUUGUUUUUAUUCCAACCAACUUAAUCAGCUUCAAAUGGAGAGUGAGAACUUACGACAUCGAAGUUAUUCUUGUUGGACGAGAUUGAACAUUCUUUUACGACCGUUGCAAAUUACAACCGGAGUCGUCCUUUGUCUGUUCUCAUGGCUGAUCAUUGUCACAAUUGUGUUAACCAACAUAAAUCGAUGGAUAUCUUCAUAUGGAAGCAACACUGGAUACCUAGCUGAUAAAUACAUUGUCCCUAAUCCUGUAUAUGAAUUGUUGUUGUUAUGUCAUGGGGCUUUUCCAAUUCACUAUGUUUUACUUGGAGGGAUUCUGUUUUACUUUGCAUUUAGUACCAUGGUUGGUAUGAAGCAUCUCGGUCUGUGGUUCUUCUGGAUAAGGGUUCACAAUAUAAGGAAGAACAACACCCUUCCCCAUGCUUUGUUAUACAGCAGUGUUAUAUUUGCUACUGUAGUCAUGUAUUCUAUAUCUUUGGUGUAUUCUAUUGCACCACAGUAUGCAAUGUACGGAACACAAACUUAUCAGGUUGAAACCCAGCUUAAUUGGACGACUGUUGCAAUGCAAAACUCAUUGAACUCUUUGAAGCCAUGUACCUUGGAAUCACCAGCAGAUGAGUGUACAAUGACAAGGUUCAUGUCAUUUCAAGUCAAAUUCUUCUACAGAAUGUGGGUGUUUGGUGUGGUUUUCUACUCUAGCAACUGGCUUUUAGUUUUGGUAUUCGUAAUUGGCUUUUUUGUCUCGGUCGUCCGAUUCCGGAAAACAGCAGCCGAGAAUUUACUGAAUCAAAUGCGAAGUGAAAGCCAAGAACACUUGGUUCAAAGUUAAAACAAAAUAUUUUGCGCAAUUUUAUUCAGUAACAAAAAGUUGCACAUUUUAAUGUCAAUAAAAUUGGCUUUUCAUGUA